AACUCACUUUUGAAACGCGAUUGUUUCUCGGAAAACUCAAAUUUUGAACAAUAUCUUUGAUUUUUAAUCAAAAUAUCAAAAUCGUGUGUCAUCGGCGUCUCUAACCUCACUCAUUCUUCAAACAGCGGCAGCAGCACGAGUUCAUUUCAUUUCAUUUGUUUUCGCGUAAAGAUAAAUUAAAGAAUAUAAAAAAUGUUUGGUGGACAGCAACCAAUACUCGUGUUGAGUCAAAACACAAAACGGGAAUCUGGCCGCAAAGUGCAGUUGGAGAAUAUUCAAGCCGGAAAGGCUAUUGCUGAUGUGAUUCGCACUUGCCUGGGCCCACAGGCCAUGCUGAAAAUGCUGAUGGACCCUAUGGGCGGUAUUGUAAUGACAAACGACGGAAAUGCCAUUCUCCGUGAGAUCACCGUUCAGCAUCCGGCGGCCAAGAGCAUGAUUGAGAUUGCCCGCACACAGGACGAAGAGGUAGGCGAUGGCACCACCUCCGUCAUUGUGCUGGCUGGUGAGAUGCUGGCCGCCGCCGAGCCAUUCCUCCAGCAGCAAAUCCAUCCCACAGUGAUCAUUCGCGCCUACCGUGAGGCCCUCGAAGACAUUGUGGGACACCUGCUGUCCGACCUAAGUGUGCAGUUGGACGUCAAGGACAAGGCAAAGAUGGCUCAAGUGGUCAAGGCCUGCGUGGGCACGAAAUUCAUUGGCAAGUGGUCGGAUCUGGCUGUCAAAAUUGCACUGGAUGCAGUGGAGACGGUUACGCUGAAUGAAAACGGUCGCCUGGAGGUGGACAUUAAGCGUUAUGCUAAGGUGGAGAAGAUUCCCGGCGGUGCCAUCGAAGAGUCGUGUGUUCUGAAGGGCGUUAUGAUCAACAAGGACGUGACGCAUCCUAAAAUGCGUCGCUACAUCGAGAAUCCUCGCAUCGUUCUGCUCGACUGCUCUCUGGAGUACAAGAAGGGAGAGAGUCAGACCAAUGUAGAAAUCAUUGGCGAGCAGGACUUCACGCGCAUGUUGCAGAUCGAGGAAGAGUUUGUCCAGCGCAUUUGUGCUGACAUCAUUGCCGUGAAGCCUGAUCUGGUUUUCACUGAGAAGGGUGUUUCGGAUCUGGCGCAGCACUAUCUGCUGAAGGAAGGCAUCACCGCCAUCCGUCGCCUACGCAAGACGGACAACUUGCGCAUUGCCCGGGCCUGUGGCGCCACCAUUGUCAACCGUACUGAGGAGCUGACCGAGAAGGAUGUCGGCACUGGUGCCGGUCUCUUUGAGAUCAAGAAAAUUGGCGACGAGUACUUCACCUUCGUCACGGAGUGCAAGGACCCGAAGGCGUGCACCAUACUGUUGCGCGGCGCCAGCAAGGAUAUUCUCAAUGAAACUGAACGCAAUCUCCAAGAUGCCCUGCAUGUUGCUCGCAAUCUGGUGUUGGAGCCGCGUCUUGUGGCUGGCGGUGGGGCUGUGGAGAUGGCUGCCUCCCAGCUUCUCUCUCGCAAGCAGGUCAAGGGGCCCUACACGGCGGUGGCCCAUGCCUUGGAGAUCAUACCUCGCACCCUGGCCCAAAACUGUGGCGCCAACACUAUUCGCGCUCUCACCGCCCUGCGUGCUAAGCACGCCUCCCACACCGGCGACGGCGUGUGCGCCUGGGGCAUUGACGGCGAGUCCGGCGAGAUUGUGGAUAUGAACGUGAAGAACAUUUGGGAGCCGUUGGCCGUCAAACUGCAGACCUACAAGACUGCCGUUGAAACAGCCAUCUUGUUGCUGCGCAUUGAUGACAUUGUUUCCGGCUCAAAGAAGCGUGGUGGCAACGAGCCAACCAAUCCGGCCGCCAUGGCCCAAGGCCAGGAAUAGUCCUUGAACAAACACAAUGUGUAUUAAUAAUGCUUAAUAAAUUGUAAUAUCUAAUUUAACACACAAAACACACCCACACCCAACCACCCCCAAAUGUCUAACAUUUAUAUUGGGCCAAGGCGCCGCUGGCUUUCAUCGAAGCAGCUUGUCCCUUGUCUCCCACACAACAUUUUUGCUGCAUUUGCUCUCAUUAACAAUCCGUACACAAAUAAAUUUCUUAAAACC